GGCUCCGCCUCGCCCCGCCUCAAGUUGCCGGGACUUGCUCCAGGUUGCCUUCCCCGGAAGUGACGCAAGACCCGCCCCCAGGAAGUGACGGAAGAAGUGCCCUUGAUUGGUGGGGAGGGCCGAACUCUGCAUCCCUCCACUCUCGCUGCAGGGAGAUGGCUCAGCGACUUCUCCUGAGGAGGUUCCUGGCCUCGGUAAUCUCCAGGAAGCCUUCUCAGGGUCAGUGGGCCCCCCUCACCUCCAGGGCCCUGCAGACCCCGCAGCACAGUCCUAGUAACCUGACAGUAACACCCAGCCAAGCCCGGUCAAUAAACACCACAAGAGCCUGUACAACAACCUUUAACAUCCAGGAUGGACCUGACUUUCAAGACCGAGUUGUCAACAGUGAGACGCCAGUGGUUGUGGAUUUCCAUGCACAGUGGUGUGGUCCCUGCAAGAUCCUGGGGCCAAGGCUAGAGAAGGCGGUGGCCAAGCAGCAUGGGAAGGUGGUGAUGGCCAAGGUGGAUAUUGACGACCACACGGACCUCGCCAUCGAGUAUGAGGUGUCAGCGGUGCCCACCGUGCUGGCCAUCAAGAAUGGGGACGUGGUGGACAAGUUUGUGGGCAUCAAGGAUGAAGACCAGCUGGAGGCCUUCCUGAAGAAGCUGAUUGGCUGACAAGCAGGGAAGCAUCCUGACUGCCCGUGACCGCCUGGGCCCCAUGGUCCCGGGGGGCCCCCGAUAGAACUCACAGCCCUUUCUGCCUCCUCCCUUCUGUCUGGCCCCAUGGGCCUGUGCUUUGGAGACCAGGCCACCAAACAUGGGAGCCGCACAUGCUCCCAACCCAGCUGACUGCGAGGGUGGCCGCCCGAGGAGUGGUUCUGCCGCUGAGCUGGGACAGCCGUCUUCCCACCCGCUCUCUUUGUCUGCUCCCCCUAGGGCUUGUCACCCAUCUCCCAGGAUGCUUGGACAGAGCGCUGGGGCCAGCCCGCGGUGACAGCUUAGUCCUCGUACCCCUGGCCCCUUGUAAUCUGAACCCCAGUGCCUGGCUCAUCUGCCUCCUACAUCUUUCUUUCCUGCUGCUGUUUUGUAAAAAGAAAAAGAAGGAAAAAAGAAACCCAAACAAGUGAGAGUAA